CCAAAAAAGUUAUGUCAGUCGUUGUCAAAAAAUUAAAUUACAUUUCAAUGAUUCAAAAUUUGGAUUAUUUUCCUAAAACUAUCUAAAUACUUCCGUUUAAAAGAUGUUGAAAUUCAGUGGUGCUAUUAUUUGGAGGUUAGGAACCAGGGCCACCAUACGUAAAUACUCCGGCCCUGGAGUGACAGUACUGAAGACUGAUAAGGGUGACUCCUCCAGAAGUAUCACCGAUAAAGUACCUCCAAAUAUCGUGGAUACUAAGGACGACUCAGGUAUAAACAAAGGUCUAGUAGCAGCAGCUUUUGCGUCACUUAAUUCUCCAGAGUCUGACGACAAGAAGAAGCCAACUCACAAAUCAUUGAAGCCGAACAAAGGCCAGAUGUUGGACAGCCAGAUACAGAAAGCGACUGACAUUAACAGCCUGCUUGUUGUGGCUGAAAACUCUGUGGUGUCAAGGCGACAUGCUCUUAAGAUGGUAUCAAUCCUAUCAGACUGGUCCAACAGCAAUAAAGUGAAGCUAGCAGACUUUGAAAAGGAUCCCCGCUUCCUAAAACUCUGUCGCAUUCUGGCUAGGACACAGACGACCCAGGCGAUAAGCUCUCUGACCAUGGCUGAAGACCUCAGCACUGUGCUUGGGAUCACGGGAGACGAUGAGGCUGCAAGGCUUAUUGCUAAUUUGACGUUACCACAAAUGAUAAAGGUAAUGAAAGCUCUCCAACACAAAGGCAGAAGGAGCACGCCUCUGCUGCGCGCUCUCUCGCACAACAUCACGCGGCAAGCCGAAGUUAUUGACCUGAAGAAAUCAGCUGAUUUGUUAUUCUCCAUGGCCUCACUCAACUUUCCAGACCCUGUGCUUUUGGACAGGAUAUGCAAUGACGUGAUAGAGACCCUGCCGGCCAACAAAGACAAGCCUUCAGUAGUGAACUCCAUAGUGGUGUCUCUUGGUCUUCUGAAGUACCGUCACGAGGCAGCAUUAGCGGCACUUGGCGCGUGGGUAUCGCGGCGCGGACGCGCGGGCGACGCGGCGGCUGCGGUGGUCACGCUCGCGCAUCUGCACUUCGAGCCGCCUGGAUGUGAGGAGCUGUUCCAGACGGCAGUAUCCCUAAAAGAGGGCGAGCUAUCCAAACCCUCCGCGUGGCUAGACCUGGUGUUCUCGCUGCUAACUCUAGAAAAAGCCAACAGACAGCACCUUGAAUCCACGCUCCAGCCGGAGUUCAUCGACAAACUACUGUCCGCUGGAGAAAUCCCGAUACCCGCGCGUCGCAAGCUGAUGAUGAUCGACGCGUAUCUCAACCUUAAAUACCCCGGGGAAACCCCGCGUUUGCCAGAAGACGUAGCGGUGGGAGUCCCCGUGGUCUACACUAAAGAGAAAAACCUGUAUGUACAGAGCAUCAUGGAUACCUUCAAAAUUCUGGUGUCGGCUGAUGCCUUCUUGAAGAAGGACUGCAAUUCCGGCAUGGGAUUUUUGUACGAUGCUGAAUUCGCGGUAGACGAAAAAUGCCAUCCAGUUCCAUUAGAGAAAGCUGCAAAUGACAAAAGCAAAUUCCGGAUAGCAGUGCUCGGCCUGGACUACCACGAUAUGACGCGCCGCGCGCCCGCGCCGCUCGGCCUCUGCCAUCUAUGCGCACGCCUGCUCGAGCUCAAGGGCUUCAAAGUGCUGCAAAUCCCAUACACCGAGUUUAACCCGAAAGAUAAGCUAGUGUCCCGCGUGCAAUACAUCAAUACGCGACUACAGCAGUUAGUGAGCAACAAGACGGCGUAGUUGUGUAUGUAUGUGUUGUAUUUGUACAUAUUGUAUGUCCACUUUAGUUCGGGGUGUAGUACGUGACGCCGCUUGGUGGCGCUAGCGGGAUGACGUAUUCAGAAGUAGAUU